AUCUGGAGGCUGGAAGACUGGCCUCUUCUCUCUCUCUCUCUUUCUCCUUCUCUCUCUGGUCUAAUCGAAGGAUACCUUUCCGUGUACAGUCUCGAUAUAACCAAGGUUCAACUAUGUUUUGAAACAGAACCAAAACUGCAGUCAAUGCAACUCCUGGGGUUUUCUACUCUUCUGGUCCUGCUCCUCGGAGCUCAGUCUCAACCUAGGCAUGGAGAACUGGUGAAUCCUGCACCUGGAGAGGAUGGAACUAGGAAACCCGGUAAACGGACUCUACAGAACUUCAGGACUCUGGGACACUUUGCUCCGGCAAACAUUGGAACAGAAAAACAGCUGGAAAACAGGAUUCCGCGGACCAGGUUCUCCCAACCAACCUUUCAAGCUAAACCACAGGGUUCCGGUGUCUCCGUGAACCAGAGGAGUAGUUCUCUCGUAGGCAGGAUGGUUUCUCAGAAUCCUUCUCAAUACUUCCCAGCUCCUAGGCAGCACAGAGAAGAGGCAUUUUCAAUCCCGAAAAAAAUCUUCGGAUACUCUCCAAAUAUCUUAAAUACUCCGACAGAAAGGAUUUCUCGUCUCCGACCCAGAGCUCCUCAAUCCUACUCCUCCGGGUUAGAAAAGGAGCUGGAGAGACUGAAGAUGAAUCCAGGGCCUGCAAUAAUCAGGGAUCAAGGUUCGAUUUCUGAGAAUCCACCUUCAAUAUCUAGUCCUCAACUGGAGAAUGAAGAGACUAAAAUUCUACCUGUAGACCUCAAAGAUCCAACGGAGCCCGGAGCUGAAACGAAACUUAAAACUGCGGAGAUCUUGGAAGCAACUACAGAAGCUUCUGCGUACACUCCUGAUGAUGAAACUGUUGAAACCACAACAACAGCAAAAACAGAAAAUCCGCAAACUGAAAAUUUAUCGACGGUUGAGGAACCUGUUCUACUGGCUGUUAGUGACAAGAGGACUUAUGCUGGAGGACAUAUUCAUGAUACACCAGAGGGAGAUGGUUUGUUUCUAAUCGGAGUAAUAGGAGUUACUGCUGGUUGCGUUUUAUUAGUUCUAGGUGUAGGAUACUGGAUACGUUCUCCCAACUGUAUUCCUCCGGGUACACCUUUCAGUCAGGAUAAUUCUCCAACCUUUCAUUCAUCAAAGCUGGCGUUCAGAUCUCCAACUGAGGAACCUAUGGACUCAGAACCUAUACGGAAACCUUACAGGGGGUAUAGUAGAGAGGAAAAGAGCAGAGCUGACUCCUACAAACCUAACUCCAGGUUACAAUCAGAGUACACCUACCAGAGACCAACCAGUCUUGAUACAAGCACGAACAGGAGGUUGAACCGAAUGGAAAGCCUGAUAGAUAUUGACGGGGAUGAAGAUGAUGAUACAAUCUACGAAUGUCCUGGUUUAGCUCCACCCGGAGAAAUGGAGGUAACCAACCCGUUCUUCAUGGCUGGAGGGUUCCAGGAGUUCCACGAUGAUCUCCCCCCCUGCCCCGUCAACAUCAACAACAACAUGAAGCACGGAAACAUCAACUCCAUCCUCUCUCACUAGAACAUCAAGCUGAUCAGAUAGCGGGCAACACAACGAACCUUUCAAGGAAAAAAAUUGUCAAAACUUACAAUAAUGAUGUUGACAAUACACUGCACUGUAGUGUUCAGUGUGCUGGACAUACAUUGUUCAUAAUUUUCAUAAUCAUACUGAUAUAGCUGUAAAGUACAUGAUAUGUGUGACAUCAAAGUACAUAUCAUCAUUGUAAGUACUAUUACAUAACGUAAUUUUAUGGGGAAAAUUAUAUUGGAAAAUCAAAUUGGAAAAGAUUCAUAACAGAAUAUACAAAAUAUAUUAUUUAUUGAAAAUGGUAUAUUUUAUCUUCACAAAUCUGCUAGGUUUUGAUUAAAAAAAUAUUAUAAACUAACCAAUUAUUUUAAAGAAAAUGUCUUUAUUACAAAUUUAUGUUCAAAGCAAGCCAAAAAAAUCGUAUGUUCAUAAACUUAAUUAAGGCCUGGUUGUAUGUUCACAGAUUUUUCAAUAGGCUUUAUAUAUGUUCAUAAAGUUCAUUAGAGGCUGCAUUGUAUGUUUAUAAUAUGACUAAAGACUGUUCAUAAACUUUGUUACGAACAUGAACUUGACGAGGAACUUGUUGUAUGUUCAUAAACUUGACUUGGAACUUGUUGUAUGUUCAUGAACUUGACUUGGAACUUGUUGUAUGUUCAUAAACUUGACUUGGAACUAGUUAUUUGUUCAUAAACUUGACUUGACUUGAAAUUGUUGUUUGUUCAUAAACUUGAGUUGGAACUUGUUGUAUGUUCAUGAACUUGACUAGGAACUUGUUGUAUGUUUAUCAACUUGACUUGGAACUUGUUGUAUGCUCGUAAACUUGACUAGAAACUUGUUGUAUAAUCAUGAACUUGUCUAGGAACUUGUUGUACGUCCAUAAACUUGACUUGGAACUUGUUGUAUGUUCAUAAACUUGACUUGGAACUAGUUAUUUGUUCAUAAACUUGACUUGACUUGAAAUUGUUGUUUGUUCAUGAACUUGACUUGGAACUUGUUGUAUGUCCAUAAACUUGACUUGGAACUUGCUGUAUGUUCAUAAACUUGACUUGGAACUUGUUGUAUGUUCAUAAACUUGAAAAAGUUUAUAUUCUCAACUUGACUAAAGAUUUGUUGUAUAUUCAUUUUUCAAAAACUAUUAAAACACGCCAAUUUGUUUCAUGUAUGUAUUUUUUAAUAUCUGUAAUAUAAGGUUCAAUAUUCGUUCAUAAAAAUUGUCACAAAUAUUAUUGUAAUUUAUUAUGAUUAGAAGUGAUGACAAAGUUUUUCAUUCAAAACAAAACAAACAAAAAGCCAACAUUUUUUCUAUUAUUUUUUAUUUAGAAUCCCCUCUUGGUUGGAAUAGGCUAAAUGUCUACUGUUUACAUAUUCCUUAAUUGUCUAAAGUAUUAUUGGCAAUAAUAUGAAUAAAAACUAUAAAUUGCAUCAAAAUAAGCAAUCUUUUCUAAAUAUGAAAAAGCAUAAUCACGACAAAUUUGUGUAGAUAUUUUUUGUUACAAAUAGGAAUAAAUAUUAAUUUUUGUGUA